GCGCUUCGACUGCACCCAGAUUCGCCGUCCAUCCACGCGGAAAACGGGGAGGAAAACCCAGAGGAGCUGGCCACCCGCCCCGCUGCCGAGCUCCGGGCCCAUCUCCGUGCCCUGGGUGUGCCUGCCACGGGCCGAACCAAAGCUCAACUCGCUAUCCGCCUCCAUGCCUGUCUGCGUGCGCGGCGGCUGGCAAACUUCCCUUCGCACAGCACGGAUCGCUACAGCGACCGACGGGGAAAAGUCAACAAAGCGGACCUGGCCCGAGGUGACCACGGACGGGCCCUCUGCCGCCUCUGCCAGCAAGAAUGCCCCAAGAAGGCCAAUACGUUCUGCUCGCCCGCCUGCGUGCAUGAACACCGGCUUCGCACGAGCGGCUCCUACGUGAGGAAAUGUCUGCUGGUACGUGACAAGGGACGGUGCGCCCUGUGUACGAUCGACGCGCAUGCCCUCUACUUGCAUGUGCGGCGGACCUGCUGGGCAGCUGGGUGGGGAGGAAAGGGGGAAAAGGCUUUGGGAGGGAUUCAGGCGGUGGUGGACGAAAAAGUGGCGGGCACGAUAUUGGAGGGCAAGGUGAAAGUCCGAGGGCUGAAACAAGGCAAGUGUCAGGUCGGCGAUGGCGUCGGCAAAGCUUGGGUCACGUCCACCGUCUACGGGGCCCAAACGAGGCCACGCCCCCGGCGACCUCGCCGUCCUUUCAAUAGCGGGCUUUUCUGGCACGCCGACCACAUCCUUCCAGUCGUGGAAGGAGGGGGCUUGCGAGGCUUGGAGAAUUUUAGGACCCUACGGCCACAGCGGAGCUGCGACGCAGGCGGCAAGGAGAGAUAG